AUGUCAAAGGGACACAGUAUCUUACUCGUUCAGUUCGAGAAAUCAGCUCAAUCAAGAACAUAUUUUGAUUAUGAGUCUGUUUCUGAAAUGGCUGAUGGAGUUUGCAAACUUUUUGAAAGAAGUCUAAAGAAGAUCAACUCAUCCAAGAGUAAAGUACAGUAUAGCGUAGCAGAUUUACAUGAUUGGAUUGAUAGAUUGACUGACAUUACUUGUUUAACAUUCAAAGAUUCUGCCUACGUUCCACACGAUAGAGAUUGGAUUAAAAAGACUGUUUAUACCCACUUGAAGAAGACUGUUGAGAAAGCAAACAAAUCCAACAACUAG